CUCCUUGGAGGCAGAACCAGACCUGACAGUCUAGGCAAGCUGGGAAUGGCCACACCCCUGAAGACACUGCCAGUUCAACAUGCUUCCAAAGCUGCUUCGCACAACUAUUAUUCCUUUAACCAUUAAUGAACCGGUUAUUGAACACAACAAGAAAUUCAUACCAAUGUUUUUCUAUUGUAAAGCAACUUUAAAAUUCCGUACCAGUUACUGGCAGACAGACAAAUGAGCACCAAAGAGACAAAGGUGGGAUAGCACAAGUCUUUCCUCAGAACUGAAAUAUGUAUGCUUGGUGGGAUAGAGCUAUGGAGUUUUCUCCCGCAGGAAAGGCAAUUUUCAGGUUGUUAAGAUAAAAUUUCUUCUUUGCUGGGGAAGUCUGCAGCUCUAUAGCAACAGGAUUUCUAAUAGGAGUGUGUAACCAGGGAAAGGAAUUAAAAGAUUAAUAACUACACACAAUGUAGAGGAGACAGGUUUUCUAUUUUAAAAUGGUUGCUAGGGGGAGCAGAAUACAGAAACUUCUAAGAAGCCUACACAUUUAAUUUGUAAAACUUAGUCAAGGUGUGGGCAGCUGAUCAGGUAACUGCCCUACAUAUCUCUUUGCAUAUCGCAUAUUAUUCUUCGGACUAGGAUACUGUCAUGCCUUGGAAUGAAUAUAAAUGACCAUACAAGGAGAAAUGAAAGUUUCUGCCUUUGUAAAUUUUGGAAAUAACCAUUUUAGCCAUCUAUUAACUGAAGCCUUAGCUAUCUUUAUUUUCUGCUCCCCCCUCCCAACCCACCAUUCUUUGGAUGAUGGGGGAAUGGAACAGAACAAGUACAGCUAGAGAUCUUCUGAAUGGCUUAGUUUGUUAAAUGUAGAUUUUUAGAGCUCUUCUCAUGUGCAGAGUAUUUCAGAGUCUGUUUUGUAUGUGGGAAAAGAGUUAUGGCCUGUGAAACAGAGAAUAUUUUAGAGAUAAACACACUACAUUCACUGUUAGCACAACUAUUCUUUGAUAAAAGGUGCAAUACCUCUGUUCUAUCAGUAACAUCCCAGUCUCCAAAAUCUUCUUGCCAAAGUGAUUGCAACCAGAAAGACAGAAAAUAUUUUAGAGAGAUAAAAAUAUAACAACACUUGUAACAAAGGAUUAAGGAAUAUUUAGUACAAGAUUUCAAUCCCUUGGGAGAGUUCUCUGUACUAGGGUAUUUCUGAGAAAUCUAAUGUCCUGAUAUGAUGAAAUUUUGCUGUCACUAACAUGCUGGAAAAGGUCACCACUUAGAAUUUUAGAGUCUGGGGAUUUAGGUGCUCUGCUCAUGCAGCUUCUACACCGCCUUGGACGCUCCAUAACUUAUCCUCCUACUCUGCACCUGUUGGGGCAGAUACCUUUAGCCAUGGCCCAAAGAUUAGAGACAAACUCUGCUCAAAGCUGUCUGAAGUGUUGCCAACUUAGCAAUUUUGUUGCUAGAUUUAGUGACUUUUGGUUUCCCUAGUGAGGAAAUUAGUGUCAAAGCAACCAGUGACAAAUCUAGCGAGUGUCACUGAAAAUUACAGUAACAUUCAGAAGGAAGAAGUCGCCAAUUUGCUGCUGGCUGCCCUCAACCCUGAGCCUGGGGCAGGAGGUGGUGGUGUCCUGACUGGAGACAGCAAACCUGCCGAGCUGUGGGAGGCCUGAGCAGUGGCAGCCAGAGACAUUAAUCUGCAGGUGUGGCCCAGAGGCAGACCUCUCUAGCCCACAGGAGGACUCUGGACCAGACCCUGAGCUAUGUGGUGCCCUGCCUGCAGAAGGAGACCAAGAGUAGGGAAGAGCUGCUGGGAUUGCUGUCUGCCAGUUACCCCGAGGACACUGAGAGCCCACAGACUACAGAGCCACACCAAUAGACUAUGGACUCAGUGAUGGCCCAGUGCCCAGGAGCAGCAGCAUUGGCCGUGCUGGAUGAGAUGCUGGAAAUCACGGCCCAGAGCCUGGUGCGCACCGAGGUGGCUGAGCACUACCAGGUCAUCCGGGAGCUGGGCAGGGGCAAGUAUGGCCAUGUGGUGCUGGUGACACACAGGCAGAGAGGGACUCCCAUGGCUCUCAAGCUGCUGCCCAAAGCUCACACCAAGCUGCACACCUUCCUGUAUGAGUACUGCGUGGCGCUCUCCCUCGCCACCCACCCUGCCAUUAUCGGCAUGUUUGGCAUUGCCAUUGAGUCCAGCCAGCACUACGGCUUUCUCUACGAGCCAGCGCUGCACAGAGACCUCAUCUCCAUCAUCAAACCACGGGAUGGGAUCCCCGAGCCAGCUGCCAAGCAGUGUGCCAAGCAGCUGGUGAGUGCCCUGGAGUUCAUCCACAGCCGGGGGCUGGUGUAUCGAGACGUCAAGCCCGAGAACGUGCUGCUCUUCGACCCUGAGUGCCGGCGCAUCAAGCUGACCGACUUCGGGCUCACUCGGCCCAAGGGCACCCGGCUCAAGCUGGUGGCUGGGGUGAUCCCCUACACUGCUCCAGAGCUAAGCAACACCACCAGUGCCCAGGGCCUGCCCAUCGACGCCAGCCUGGAUGCCUGGGCCUUUGGUGUGAUGCUCUUCUGCCUGCUGACUGGCUACUUCCCCUGGGAGCAAAGCCUGCCAGCUGACCCCUUCUUUGAGGACUUCAUGCUGUGGCAGGAGUCAGGCCUGGAUGAGGACCUACCACGCCAUUGGAGGCGCCUGACGGCUGAAGCCACUCGCAUGCUGCGGAGCCUGUUGGUCCUGGAUCCUGCCCAGCGUAGCCCUGUCAGCGGGGCCCUGCACUACGUCGACUGUCCCUGGAGAGUGGAGAACUGGCAUGGUGAGGAGCAGGCUGUGGGGUCCUAGAGAACCUCCUUUGGGGGAGUGGAGGCCAUCCCCUGUGGGGCCUGUCUAUAGGAUGAUCAGUAUCUAAGGCCCUACAGCGUGCCUCCAGCAGGACAGGAAUACAUUGAAAGGGGCUGUCAAAAUAACAGCCAUGGCAAGAUCUGUUCCAAAGCACUGAGCUCCAGUUCCUGCCAAAUCCCACACAGGUGCCAGUUCCCACUGGGCACUGAUUCCCCAGCAGACACCACUCCCCCUGGGUACAGAUCUACCCUGGCUGCUGAUUCCCCAAUUGGUGCCACUUCCCCCCGCCCACGUGUUGAUCCCCUCCAGGCACCAGUUCUCCCCCAGGCACUGAUUCAGCAAUGGAAGCCAAUUCCCCUCCCGCCCAGCUACCACACCCCGACCCUGAUAAAGGCAAGUCUCAUUGCUGUGGGGAGCACAUCCCUCUGGAGCAGUUUCUGUGCACCGCAGCCAUUGCAUUAUUACAGAAAUA